AUGAUCAGGUUCGUCGUCCUCGUCAUCGUCAUCGUCCUCGUCAUCGUCAUCGUCCUCGUCAUCGUCGGAUGGCGCUCCGACCUAACGGGGGAGAAACAGCAACCGGGCACGUACCUCUACGAGUGCGGGGCGAAGGACAAGGACAUGUUCCCGCCAGUCUCCGCGGCCGAGCCCAUCCAGCUGCUAAUGCGGUGGGCCGCCAAGUUCUGCCACGAAGAGCAUGGACACACCGUCACGGCCGCCCAGGAGUGCAUCGAGACCUACGACAAGUGCACCGAGCCCCUCAAGGGGGAGGAUCAGUUUGCCGAUGGCUUUGAAGAGAAAACCAGAGAGGUCGUCAACAAGUGCCUCAAGGGCACCGGGUGA